UUUCCAGAAUGUACCGGUGACGUCGAAUAACGACUGCCUGCCAUAUAAAGUCCCAUGCGUCAACGGCGCCAUUUUAUUUCAAGAAAAAUAGCCGUCAAUCGUGCACGUUUUCCGAGUGUUCUUCUUUUAUAAGUCUACAAGUUCUAGUUAAAUUUACACAAUGGCGAAAGCACCCGCAGUUGGUAUCGACUUGGGCACCACGUACUCGUGCGUGGGUGUGUUCCAGCAUGGCAAGGUGGAGAUCAUCGCAAACGACCAGGGCAACAGGACCACGCCGUCGUAUGUCGCAUUCACUGACACUGAGCGCCUCAUCGGCGACGCCGCCAAGAACCAGGUGGCGAUGAACCCAAACAAUACCAUCUUCGAUGCCAAACGUCUUAUUGGACGUAAGUUUGAAGAUGCCACAGUCCAAGCUGACAUGAAGCACUGGCCUUUUGAGGUUGUCAGUGAUGGAGGUAAACCAAAGAUUAAAGUAGCCUACAAAGGUGAAGAUAAGACUUUCUUCCCUGAAGAAGUAAGCUCAAUGGUGCUUACAAAGAUGAAGGAAACAGCCGAGGCCUACCUCGGUAAAACUGUGCAGAAUGCAGUAAUUACGGUUCCAGCAUACUUCAACGACUCUCAAAGACAGGCCACAAAAGAUUCAGGUACAAUCUCUGGUCUGAACGUUCUCCGAAUCAUCAACGAACCUACUGCUGCUGCGAUUGCUUACGGUCUUGACAAGAAGGGAGGUGGAGAACGUAACGUCCUUAUUUUCGAUCUUGGUGGUGGCACUUUUGAUGUGUCCAUCUUGACCAUUGAGGAUGGUAUCUUUGAGGUGAAAUCUACUGCUGGUGACACACAUUUGGGUGGAGAGGACUUUGACAACCGUAUGGUCAACCACUUCGUUCAGGAGUUCAAGAGGAAGUACAAGAAGGAUCUCACCACCAAUAAGAGGGCUCUGCGACGUCUCCGAACAGCGUGUGAGAGAGCGAAGCGAACCCUGUCUUCAUCCACCCAGGCCAGCAUUGAAAUUGAUUCCUUAUAUGAAGGUAUCGACUUCUACACGUCUAUCACCAGGGCGCGUUUCGAAGAACUGAAUGCUGACCUCUUCAGAUCAACCAUGGAGCCAGUGGAGAAGUCUCUCCGUGAUGCCAAGAUGGACAAGGCUCAAAUCCACGACAUCGUCCUCGUCGGCGGAUCCACCCGUAUUCCUAAAGUGCAAAAGCUGUUGCAAGACUUCUUCAAUGGCAAGGAGCUGAACAAAUCCAUCAACCCCGACGAGGCCGUCGCGUACGGCGCCGCCGUCCAGGCUGCCAUUCUCCACGGCGACAAGUCUGAGGAAGUACAGGACCUGUUGUUGCUUGACGUCACUCCCCUGUCGCUCGGUAUCGAGACCGCUGGUGGAGUGAUGACCACCCUCAUCAAGCGCAACACCACCAUCCCCACCAAGCAGACCCAGACCUUCACUACCUACUCUGACAAUCAACCCGGUGUGCUCAUCCAAGUUUUCGAGGGUGAGCGUGCCAUGACCAAGGACAACAACUUACUUGGAAAGUUCGAACUGACUGGCAUUCCCCCUGCUCCGCGUGGCGUGCCUCAGAUCGAGGUGACCUUCGAUAUUGACGCAAACGGCAUCCUGAACGUGUCCGCCGUCGAGAAGUCCACCAACAAGGAGAACAAGAUCACGAUCACCAACGACAAGGGCCGCCUUUCGAAGGAGGAGAUCGAACGCAUGGUCAACGAAGCUGAGAAGUACAGGAACGAGGACGAGAAACAGAAGGAUACCAUCGGCGCCAAGAACGCACUUGAGUCUUACUGCUUCAACAUGAAGUCGACGAUGGAGGAUGCUAAUCUGAAGGAUAAGAUUUCUGAGACUGACAAGCAGACCAUCCUCGACAAGUGCAAUGACACCAUCAAGUGGCUGGACUCUAAUCAGCUGGCUGACAAGGAGGAGUACGAGCACAAGCAGAAAGAACUGGAAGGCAUUUGCAAUCCAAUCAUCACUAAGUUGUACCAGGGAGCGGGUGGAGCCCCCGGAGGCAUGCCCGGUGGUAUGCCUGGUUUCCCCGGCGGAGCCCCGGGCGCCGGCGGCGCAGCCCCUGGUGGCGGCGCCGGCCCUACCAUCGAGGAGGUCGAUUAAACACAUUCCACUCUACCGAAAAUAUCGCGGGAUAUCUCUGCUUGCUUACUUCUUUGGCAUAGAGAUGCUCGUAAAAUAAAUAAAAGUAUAUUAAAAUAACAUUCUGCAUUUCAUUUAGUUAGUCUUUUUUGCCACAGUGGCAAUCGUAGGUUUCCUAUGCAUAGUGACAGAGCCGUAAAACAUUAAUUAAUAUACAUAGUGCUAUAGCGCAGGACCUUUAAUCAAAUU